AUGUGGUGGGGAGGGAAAUCCCCAGUCGAGGCACUGUCUAUAGAGAAAGGGCGUCACGAGCUGGCCGCGCUGGGAGAGGUGGCAGAGGCAUCUGGGGUCGACACGUGGCAGAGGAUUGAGGCGACAUUGAGGGUGGCUCUCGGGGAAUGUGUGGCAGCGGAUUUGAGGGUUUGGCGGACGAGCAGGGGCUCAAGGUUACAGAGGCGGUUAAGUAUAUAUAAUAUGGCAGUGGAUUUGGCCUGGUCAACAGUGAGGGUCCAAGAAAACAAGAACCCUUCAGGCAUCAAGCUAUUCGGCACAACAAUCUCCGUAAAAAUCAAGUCUCAACCGAUCGACGACUAUCAAGAAGAAUCGCCCGAAAAAUCCGACCAGCAAUCGCCGGAAAAGAGGCCGGAAAAGAUAAUCCCGUGCCCGAGGUGCAAUAGCAUGGAGACCAAAUUCUGUUACUUCAACAACUACAACGUCAACCAGCCGAGGCACUACUGCAAGGGCUGCCAGCGGUAUUGGACCGCCGGCGGGGCCCUCCGUAACGUACCCGUCGGAGCCGGCCGCCGGAAAAAUAAACCACCGUCGUGCCGUGGCCUGACCGACGGGCAGCAGCUGGAUUUCGAGGCGGAGGCGGCGGCGGCGGUGGUGGAGGAGGAGGAGUGGCGGACGGAGGCGGAGAACGGCGGUUUCGGGAGCGUGUUUCCGGCGAAGAGGAGGCGGUGCGCCGCCCCCAAUGGUCAACUCUGCUGA